AUGGUUGGCCUGAAUUGUGAGCGCUUUGUGGACCAACUGUUGGCCAAAGAACUCAAAUGCGGUAUUUGUUUGGAUGUGGUCUCAGAGGCGGUCGACACUCAAUGCCGGCACACCUUUUGCUACCAAUGUCUCAACCAAUGGCUGUGUGGGUCGAGUGGCGGCCAAAUGUGUCCGCAAUGUCGGCGCCGAUUGACCGACGAUUGGAGGACCAGUUCGGGAGACAAUGAGCUGAUAAUCGGUGGCCGAGUUUUGGUCGACAAGAAUCGCAAAGUAAACGCAAUUGUGGGCAAAAUGACCAUCAAAUGUGACUACGAGUGGAACGGCUGCCCACAUGUCUGCCCACUGGACUCGCUAUCCGCACACAUCAAGACCUGCGCCCACCGGUUGUGUCCGACAUGCGGUCUCUCAACGGCUGGUCAGACACCGGAUGGCCAUAACUGUGUUCAAGAGCUGCGCAAAGACCGGAUCCGAUAUCUCCAGAAAUACAAAGCGCUAAAAAGUGAAUGCAUUUCAUUGCGAUCGGCGACCGAAGAGUUGGCCAAACAACUGAUCCAAUCGGAAGAGUUGUGCCGGGAUUUGGCCACUGAAUGUGCGUCCAGAGCGGGUCCAGAGGUUAAGCCCCGGGCCAUGGGUUACAAUACCAUUGCCAGACCUGUUUGUACGUACAGUCAUCCAAACCCACCGCCGCUGCCGUUCAUCACCGAGAACUCGAUGGUCCGCUUCGGCACCUUUCAGACAGUUGUCCACCGCUUAGUGAUCACCGAAUGGUCUGUUCGGCUGCUGAAGGUAUCGCCGAUGAGAGACGAGACCCCGAUAUUCGCCGAAAUGGUCUUAUUGUAUGGCUUGACUCAGGAGUUGUUGGUUUGUCCCGACCCGGCCUUAACCAUACUGUGUCUGCGACCCAAGCAUUCAAUGGCCGACAAUAUUAAUGAUAAAUUGUUUUAUAUUUCGCCCAAUAAUUAUCAAAUGAACAUCAAUUCAAAGGAUCCGAUCCACAAGAAUAUAGUUAUCCUAAUACACGACAAUAUGUCCGCAUCGGUGGCCAACCGACUGAUGGAGUGCUACGCGAGGAUCACCAGUGGAUCCAUGUUUAAGAUCAUCGACAGACAGGCGGCCCAACAGUUACUCUAUGGCGAUAUUUAGGGGCAAUUGCUUUGGCCCGGGAGGCGAAGGAAAAGCCAAUAGUUGUUAAGCUAAUUGUUUUAUUGACAUUAUAGUAAUUCUAAUAUAAUAUCUUAUUUUUACAAUAGA